GGUUUUUUUAACAUUACGGAUUUUUGAAGAAAGCUCUAGAAAAAUCAAAAACUGAGCCUAUUAAAAAUUAAUUAAUUGUAGGUCUUUGAAGACAUUGCAAUGAACUACAGAAUAAAAGUGUUCAUUUUUAUUGUCCUCAUAAGUGCAGGAGUAUUAAGUGAAAAUAAUGAUGAUGAAAAAGUGACAGUAGAAACAGUAGAAGAAACUAUCCCAGAUAUCAAAUACGAAAGCCCUGUUCCCAUCGACCCUAAAAAGGUCUAUUUUACUGAACACUUUGAUGAUUUAGCCCAUUUUCAAAAACGAUGGAUUAAAUCACAAGCCAAAAAAGAUGGUAUAGAAGAGGAAAUAGCCAAAUAUGAUGGGCGAUGGGAAGUUGAAAACUCCCAAACUCCCAAAAAUAUACCAGGAGAUAGUGGCCUCGUCUUAAAGACAAAAGCAAAGCAUGCUGCUAUUUCAGCACAUCUAUCGAAACCGUUUGUAUUCGCAGAUAAACCAUUGAUAUUGCAAUAUGAAGUACUAUUGCAAGAAGCUCAAGAAUGUGGAGGAGCUUACUUGAAAUUAUUAAGUGAAGGUACUGAAACUAAGAACUUGAAUAACUUCCAUGACAAAACUCCUUAUGCAAUCAUGUUUGGACCAGAUAAAUGUGGAAAUGACCAUAAAUUACACUUCAUUUUUAGACACAGGAAUCCAAUAAAUGGAAGUUUAGAAAAAAAACAUAGCCAGAAGCCCAAAGAACGAAUCGAAGAAUAUUUUUCAGAUAAAUUGCCUCACCUUUACACUUUAAUUCUCAACCCUGAUAACACAUAUGAGAUUUCUGUAGACAAAAAGCUCGUUAAUUCUGGAAGUUUGCUUGAAGAUUUUGUUCCUCCUGUGAAUCCUCCUGCUAAAAUUAAUGAUCCUAAUGAUAAAAAACCUGAGGAUUGGAAUGAAAGAGAGAAAAUCCCGGAUCCUGAAGCCACCAAACCGGAAGACUAGGAUGAAGAUGCUCCCGCCCAAAUAUUUGAUGAAUCUGCU